GAAAGAGCUUUCUCAGGGUCAUCUGUGUCAUGGCGAUGCAGCUCUUUAAUAUAGGUUGUGAGGAGGAAGCCAGGUUUUGGCAGCGCUCAGACCGUUGGUCUCUUUGGUGGCACCAUGUCCGUGUUGGCUGCUUCUCGUUUCUCUCUCCGCAGCAGCUGCACAUGCGUCCGCUCUGCUGGGUUGCAGCUCCCCUCCAAAAGAUUCAGCCCCGUACUGCAGACGCCUAGAAUAUCGCCCUCAGAUGCGCAGCAUGCAAGCAGCGUCAGGAAACAGAAAAAUUUAAGCAUGGCGAGCCACCUCUUUCCUGCAGGCCAAAGCUCCAAUGCUCUCUCAUCGAGCCGGGCGUACUCCCGGACAUAUCGAGCACUCAGUUGGUUGGCGCCAGGCAAAGUUGCAGAAAACUCUGGCGGGGUCGGGUGCAGUUCAAACGGCACCGCUGUUGCGAACGGUGCCCCAGGCGAGAACGGCACCUUAGAGGACGACGCCACUGAUCUCGGAUACAAGAUGCCCCCGAAAGAAAUUGCAGAUAUUGUAGACGCCCCACCCACCCCUGCGCUUUCAUUCUCUCCCCAAAGAGACAGGAUUCUGUUCCUUCAAAGGCCCUCUCUUACUCCAAUCUCGGAACUUGCCAGACCGGAGCUCAAGUUGGCUGGGUUUCGCAUCGAUGGGGAAAUUAACGCUCGGUCCAGGAUGGGAUACUACACAAGCAUGUCCAUCUGCGACGUGUCGGAAGAGGGAGUUCGAGGGGAAGAAAGGCCGAUCACUGGGAUCCCGGAAGGCGCAAAGAUAAACUUUACGAGUUGGUCAGAUGACGGCCGCCACUUCUGCUUCACAAUCAGGACGAACAACAUUGACUGCGAGGGGAACGAGGAGCGGAGCGGGUUGUCGCUCUGGGUGGCGGAUUUGACCACUCUCGAGGCGCGGGAGCUGCUACCACCUACAACAGCUGUCCUGAAUACCGUAUUUUUGUCGUAUUCAUGGGUGGACGACAACACGUUGAUUGUUGCGACCAUCCCGUCGAACCGGGGCCCGCCACCAAAAAGGAAGCUGGCGCCCUCGGGACCCGUCAUCCAAUCAAAUGAGACUGGCAAGGUGUCCCAGGCCCGCACAUAUCCCGACCUCCUGAAAGACACCCACGACGAGGACCUCUUCGACUACUACGCCACCUCCCAACUCCACGUCCUCGACCUUUCCGGCAACAUUCAACCCAUCGGCGUUCCCCGCCUUUACACCUCCAUCGAUGUUUCUCCCGACGGCAAGUUCAUGCUCAUAACCUAUGUCGAGCGGCCGUACUCAUAUGUGGUCCCCUGCGGGCGGUUCCCUCUCACGGUGGAAGUGUGGCGCGCGAGCGGGAGCGCGGCAGGCGAGAAAGUGCGCGACGUCGUGCGGUUGCCACUCGCGGAGGAUAUUCCGAUUACGUUCAACAGUGUUAGGAAAGGCCGGCGAGGGAUCAACUGGCGGGAGGAUAAGCCGGCCACGCUCUACUGGGCCGAGACGCAGGACGGCGGCGACGCAAAGGUGGAGGCGUCUCCCCGCGACAUCGUGUACACGGCGCCCGCAGAGGACGACGGGUCCGAGCCCGCGGUGCUGGCGAAGACGGAGCAGCGAUACGGAGGGAUCCAGUGGCAGCGGGAUGACCAGGCACUGCUGUACGAGAGCUGGUACAAGACACGCAACACGAGGACAUGGAUCUUUUCUCCGGGCGACUCCUCGGCCUCGCCCCGCCUCCUCUUCGACCGGUCGUGGGAGGACGUCUACUCGGACCCGGGCAGCCCCUUCUCCCGGCGGACCGCCCUGGGCAGCGGCGUGCUGGCCGAAGUACGGGGGGGCAAGGCAGCGCACCCCCGGUUACUGUUCUCGGGAACAGGGGCCACGCCGGAUGGUGAUCGGCCGUUUUUGGACCUGUUCGAUCUGGAGACGAAGGAGGCGGAGCGCGUGUGGCAGUGCGGCAAGGACGAGUACUUCGAGAGCGUGGUGGCGCUCAUGUCCGACAAGCAGCCCGAGUUGGUAGAGGGCCGGCAGUUAGGCGACCUGGAGCCGUUCCAGCUGGAGGAGAUGCGCUUCCUCAUGUCGCGGGAGUCGCAGACGGAGCCCCCUCAGUACUUCCUCUGGACCGUCAAAACCGACGCGUGGCAGCAGAUCACGAACUUUCCGCACCCCUACCCACAGCUGAAAGGUCUGUCCAAGGAGAUUAUACGAUACCAGCGUAGCGACGGCGUGGAUUUGAUGGGCACGCUGUACCUGCCGCCCGGCUACGAUGCAAAGCGCGACGGGCCGCUGCCGCUCAUCAUGUGGGCCUACCCCAGGGAAUUCAAGAGCAAGGACGCUGCGGGCCAGAUGCGGGGAUCCCCCAACGAGUUCUCCGGGAUCGGUUCCACGUCGGCGCUUCUCUGGUUGGCACGAGGAUACGCUAUUCUCGACGGGCCCACCAUGCCGAUCAUAGGAGAGGGGGACCAGGAAGCGAACGACAAGUACGUCGAGCAGCUGGUUGCGAGCGCGCAGGCCGCUGUUGACGAAGUAGUACGACGAGGGGUAGCGGACCCCGCGCGCAUUGCGGUGGGCGGGCACUCGUACGGCGCGUUCAUGACGGCCAACCUGCUCGCGCACUGCCCGCAGCUGUUCGCGUGCGGCAUCGCGCGCAGCGGGGCCUACAACCGCACGCUCACGCCCUUUGGCUUCCAGGCGGAGGAGCGCACGUUGUGGGAGGCGGCGGAGACGUACAUGACGAUGAGCCCGUUCAUGCAGGCGAACAAGAUCAAGAAGCCGCUGCUGCUCAUCCACGGGGAGGCCGACAACAACACCGGCACCUUCCCCAUGCAGUCGGAGCGCUUCUUCGCCGCCCUCAAGGGCCACGGCGCCAACACGCGGCUGGUUAUUCUGCCGCACGAGAGCCACGGAUACCGCGCACGCGAAAGCAUCAUGCACAUGCUCUGGGAAAUGGACCGCUGGUUGGAGAAGUACUGCGUUGCAACAUCAAAGACGGAAGAGGGGGAAAAGGUGGCGGCAACCGAAGGGGGAGCCCAAGUCGCAGUGGCUGCAGAGGCUGUCGAGAGUGCGCUAGCAGGGCGGAUGAGACUUCUGCCGGAAGGAACGCCCAUCUCGUCGUUGUGAAAGCCUAUUUGUUCGAAUAAUCCGUGGGGGGAUAAGAGAGAGUUGUUGAUUUACAGGCUGAUUGCGGUCAGGGCUCGUUGACACUUCGGUUGGUAGUCGCAGCCAUAGCUUAUUGCGCUAGCAUUUCCCAGGCGGGAAACAUUGUUCAGGCUCCUUCAGAGUCUGCUUGUUCAUUGUAUAGCACAUCGCACCAUCUCUGGCAC